AUGGCCGCAAAGCGCAAGGCCGCGGCUCUUUCGGCCGGCCACGAUGACGAGCCCGUUGACCCGUCCGACGAGCUGCUCUUCAACUGUCUCGGCGGCGGGAACGAAGUCGGGCGGUCAUGCCAUAUCAUCCAGUACAAGGGCAAGACAGUCAUGCUCGACGCCGGCAUGCAUCCCGCGAAAGAGGGCUUUGCUGCUCUGCCCUUCUUCGACGAGUUCGACCUCAGUACAGUCGAUGUCCUUCUUGUGAGCCAUUUCCAUUUGGACCACUCCGCCGCCCUCCCCUACGUCCUCAGCAAGACGAAUUUCAAGGGCCGGAUCUUCAUGACCCAUGCCACGAAAGCAAUCUACAAAUGGCUAAUCCAGGACAACGUCCGAGUGAGCAACACCUCGUCCUCGUCCGACCAGCGAACCACGCUCUACACCGAACAGGAUCACCUGUCCACGCUCCCUCUGAUCGAAGCCAUCGACUUCAAUACCACCCACACCAUCAACAGCAUCCGGAUAACCCCCUUCCCUGCUGGCCACGUGCUGGGUGCCGCCAUGUUUCUCAUCUCCAUCGCGGGCUUGAACAUCCUAUUUACAGGCGACUACUCCCGCGAGGAGGACCGUCAUCUCAUCUCCGCUGAGGUCCCAAAGGGCAUUAAAAUAGACGUUUUGAUCGCCGAAUCAACUUUUGGCAUUUCGUCCAGUCCGCCCCGACUGGAGCGUGAAACCGCACUCAUGAAGUCAGUCACCAGUAUCCUAAACCGAGGUGGACGAGUAUUGAUGCCCGUCUUCGCCUUGGGACGGGCGCAAGAGUUACUCCUGAUUCUGGACGAAUACUGGAGCCGGCACCCGGACCUGCAGAAGGUGCCAAUCUUUUAUAUCGGAAACAUGGCUCGAAGGUGUAUGGUCGUGUACCAAACCUACAUUGGAGCUAUGAAUGACAACAUCAAACGGCUUUUCCGGGAGCGCAUGGCCGAAGCGGAAGCAAAGGGGGACAAGAGUACAACUGCUGGCCCGUGGGAUUUCAAAUUCGUGAGAAGUGUCAGAAAUCUGGAGCGCUUCGACGAUGUGGGCGGAUGCGUCAUGCUGGCGUCUCCUGGUAUGUUGCAGACCGGAACUAGUCGCGAACUGUUGGAGCGAUGGGCCCCCAGUGAGCGCAACGGUGUCAUCAUGACUGGCUACAGCGUGGAGGGAACCAUGGGCAAACAGAUUCUCAAUGAACCCGAGCAGAUUCCGGCAGUGAUGAGUGCUAGAACCGGCAUUGGCCUAGGCCGCGGCCGAAUACCCGACGGUGAUGACGAGCAAAAGGUCAUGAUCCCACGCCGGUGUACGGUGGAAGAGAUUAGUUUUGCAGCCCAUGUAGAUGGCGUGGAAAACCGUGAAUUCAUUGAAGCAGUCGCUGCACCCGUCGUGAUCCUGGUUCACGGUGAAAAGCAUCAAAUGAUGAGGCUCAAAUCUAAACUCCUCAGUUUAAACGCAGAAAAGACGGUCAAGGUCAAAAUUUACUCGCCCUCCAAUUGUGAAGAGAUUCGAAUUCCGUUUACUGUGGACAAGAUUGCCAAAGUGGUCGGUCGGCUUGCAGAAACCUCACCUCCCACUGCAGACUACGACGAUUCGCGACUCAUGAACGGCGUGCUUGUGCAAAAUGGGUUUCAGCUAUCAAUGAUGGCACCAGAAGACUUGCGUGAGUAUGCUGGUUUGACAACAACCACCAUCACAUGUAAACAACACAUCACAUUAGGAACAGCUAGUAUAGAGCUCAUCAAGUGGGCGCUGGAAGGCACCUUUGGAUCGAUAGAAGAAAUUGGGACGCAGCGUCGAGAGAUGGGCGCCAACGGCCACACAGCCAAGGAGGACCACAACGCGACCGCUGCAAAGGAAGAAGCGGACGAGGAAAUUCCCUUCGAUGAAACCGUCGCCUAUCUUAUCAUGGGCUGCGUUAUUCUUAAAUAUAGCCCAAGGACCAAGGCGAUCGAGCUUGAGUGGGAGGGCAAUUUGAUGAACGACGGAGUUGCGGAUGCUGUGAUGGCGGUCCUCUUGACCGUCGAGAGCAGUCCAGCCGCUGUUAAACGUUCAAGCAAAAAGCACCAUCAUGCACACCACGCACCCGAACUACCAAAUCCCCAUUCCUAUCUCACCCCUGAAGAGCGGUUUGCUCGUUUGCUGAUGCUUCUCGAAGCACAGUUUGGACCAAAUAUUGCGCCAAUCGAGAGACCAAAGAUUACCCGACCCUCUACCAAUCACCAUACCAAUGGAACCGCGGCCGCCAAAUCCGAACCAGACGCAAGCGGGCAGGAUGCAGAACGGCAGCCAGACGAGGAUGAAGACAUUGAGGACCUCGAAGAAGCGGAAUUGGUCCGGCUGCAGGCGCUCGGCAUCCCGGUCCCGGGGAUUGAGAUCAAGGUGGACAAGCACGUCGCCCGCGUGUGGCUGGAAACGCUGGAGGUUGAGUGCCCGUACGCCGUGCUAAGAGACCGGGUACGAGUGGUGGUGGAGCGUGCGGUCGAGACUGUUGCGGAUCUAUGGAGUUCCAAGGCGGCCUCACCUCGAAAAGCUGACGUGCAUGGAAAGACUCGUGCAGGAGAGGCGGCUGAGGUCGGAGUCGAACUGGAAAUGAAGCCCGUAUUGGCUGUGAAAAUGUGA